AUGGGCGCUGAAUACAGUCAACAAGGAAAAAAUGCUGUCGGCCGACAUCUGAUCUAUGAAGCUUAUGGUAGACGAACAAAGGGUCGAUCUAAUGCCGUUGUGGAGAACGAACAACCUGGUCGAAUUAUUCACCAAACUGUUCGUGUAAUGGCUAUGGUCGGCAAACAUCAACGGAAAUCUGUGAUGAUUGUCACGGUCGUGGCUAUCAAUAAGUAG